GCUGCGCCGCGUUUCCCGCCGGGGCGCUGAGCGGAGGCACCGCGCCCGCCCGGGGCGCUGAGCGGGGACACCACAGAGGUUGCCUCAAGGGCUGCGGCCAUGGCGGCGCUGCGAGGUCUUCAGCUCCCGGGGCGCUGUGUGCUGGCCUGGCGGCUUGGUGCCAUGACAUCUGUUCACACUCGGUUGCUCCAUCAGACGCCAGUGGCUGACCAUGCUGACAGCUCUCUCCAAGUGCAGCAGAAGAGCUCGGCUAUUGUCCAGAAAAAAUCCUACGUCCCCUCCAGCAGGGGUGAAUAUAUUGUCGCCAAGCUUGAUGACCUGAUUAACUGGGCACGAAGAAGCUCCCUGUGGCCGAUGACGUUCGGCUUGGCCUGCUGCGCCGUGGAGAUGAUGCACAUGGCAGCUCCUCGCUACGACAUGGACCGCUUUGGGGUGGUGUUCCGAGCCAGUCCCCGGCAAGCAGAUGUCAUGAUUGUGGCCGGCACCCUGACGAAUAAAAUGGCUCCGGCUCUCCGAAAGGUCUACGAUCAGAUGCCAGAGCCUCGCUACGUGGUCUCCAUGGGCAGCUGUGCCAACGGCGGGGGUUACUACCACUACUCCUACUCAGUGGUGAGGGGCUGUGACCGCAUCGUGCCAGUAGACAUCUAUGUGCCAGGUUGCCCACCUACUGCAGAAGCUUUGCUGUAUGGAAUCCUGCAGCUUCAGAAGAAAAUCAAGCGGGAAAAGAAGAUUCAGAUCUGGUACAGGAAAUAACCCCAUGUUGAUGACGUCCUCACUGCUCGCACCCAUACGCACAAUAAACCUGUGUUCUCACGAGCCUUCCAAUAAAACUCUACCUGGUUAAGAGACUCUGCUGUCUUUAAUAGAUUCCUUUUACCUAACAUAUUGGAACUCAUUUAAGGACUGAAUUAAAAAGCAGGAGUUGGAUUCCAUGACACUGGGUGUUGUUUUCUGCUCUGAGUAGCCUGUGAGGGAAGAACGUUUGCUGUUACCUGUAGUAAAUUAAAUGUCUGGCCAGGAACCUGGGACUUGCUCUUUGGCUUUGUAAGGAAGCUUUGAGACCAGCACAGAUCCAGGUGAACCCUGAGGUGUCCCUGAUUUCCUCUCCUCGCUACCCGCUCUUUGUUUAGAAU